AUGCGACAAAAGGAUGAAAAUGCAAUCAUCAAAGCUCUCAGGAAAUUGUCGAAGCUUAGUAACAGACUUGACGCUUUUUCCAAGCAGCAAUAUUUGACCUCUCAUGAACAACUAAUUGCACUGCCAUUAAAGAUAUUGCCCAUUAAACUCAAAGAAGAAGCCGCAAUUAAAGUAUCAUCUCGUGAUUGCUUGUCAUGUCGACAGACUUCGUAA